AUGACUUCACGUUGCACCAUUAAACUCCCAAAGUCCGGAAUUUGUCCUCUCUGCUUCUACAAAACACGUCAAAGUAAUUGGGCUCGUCACGUAAAGAGACACCAUCCAGAAUUUACUACACCUAUUUAUAGUGAAAAUAAAAAUAGUUCUGAACAGGUGGAAGAGAUUAAUGUUGUGGAACCUGCCCAAAGUUCGUCCAAAUCGUCAGAAAUUGACUUGCCAAUGUUGCAAUUAAAACACUUUUUGAAUCAACAAAUUCAACACAAUAAUCUAUUUGGGGUGGAUAAUGAAGAUAAGGAAGGCUUGGGAGAGGAGGAGGAGGAAGAUGAAGAACAGAUAAGAAUUAUUAAAGAAGUAGAAGGGAAUAAUGGGGAAGAAGAAGGAGAGGAAUAUAGUGAAGAAGCUCAGAAGGCUGACGAAUUAUUAUUUAAAGGUAGUCUUUGA